AUGAGCGGGACAAACCAGUCGAGCGUCUCCGAGUUCCUCCUCCUGGGACUCUCCAGGCAGCCCCAGCAGCAGCAUCUCCUCUUUGUGCUUUUCCUGAGUAUGUACCUGGCCACCAUCCUGGGGAACCUGCUCAUCAUCCUGGCUGUCAGCACAGACUCCUGCCUGCACACUCCUAUGUACUUCUUCCUCAGCAACCUGUCCUUUGUGGACGUCUGCUUCUCCUCCACCACCAUCCCCAAGAUGCUGGCCAAUCACAUACUCGGGACUCAGACCAUCUCCUUCUCUGGCUGUCUCACGCAGAUGUAUUUCGUUUUCAUGUUUGUGGACAUGGACAAUUUCCUCCUGGCUGUGAUGGCCUAUGACCGCUUUGUCGCUGUGUGCUACCCCUUACAUUACACAGCAAAGAUGACCCAUCAGCUCUGUGCCCUGAUGGUUGCUGGAUCGUGGGUGGCUGCCAACCUGAAUGUCCUUCUGCACACCCUGCUGAUGGCUCGACUCUCAUUCUGUGCAAACAAUGCCAUCCCUCACUUCUUCUGCGAUGUGACUCCCCUCCUGAAACUCUCCUGCUCGAACACACACCUCAAUGAGGUCAUAAUCCUUAGUGAGGGUGCCCUGGUCAUGAUCACCCCAUUUCUUUGCAUCCUGGCUUCCUAUAUGCACAUCGCCUGCACUGUCCUGAGGGUCCCAUCCACAAAGGGAAAGUGGAAAGCCUUCUCCACCUGUGGCUCUCACCUGGCUGUGGUUUUCCUCUUCUAUGGCACCAUCAUUGCUGUGUAUUUUAAUCCUUUGUCCUCCCACUCAGCUGAGAAAGACACUAUAGCUACCGUGUUGUAUACAGUGGUGACCCCCAUGCUAAACCCUUUUAUCUACAGCCUGAGGAACAGGUCCUUGAAAGGGGCUUUGAAAAAAGUAGUUGGCAGGGUGGUGUUUUCUGUCUGA